GAACCUCUUGCGUCAGGACCAGACGCCUAGGCGCGUGACAAAUCGUCAGUAUUUUACGCAUUGGGAAUGAGAGCGGGCUUUAAAAGUCAUACAGGACCAGAGGGAGGAAGCACCUACUAAGGGACGUCCACUGUGGAAGCAGUAGGGACUAAAAGACUGGUUAUUCAAGGCUCCACUCGGGACGCUCGUCCUUAUUUCCAGUGAGAUUUGAGGAGACGCGCGUAAAUACGCAUUCCAACCAUGGAAGACAUCGCACGGCAUUCCCAGCCUUCCUCGUGGAGGGAUUGUUGCUUGGUGAAGCAGAUCCGUAGGUUGACCCCUGUUGGUUUUCAAAGUGAAAUUAAAGAGUUGUCCAAACUAUCCUUUCCAGUGGUGAUUGCCCAGCUCAUGAUUUUUGCUGUGAGUUUUGUCAGUACUGUUUUCUGUGGCCAUUUGGGGAGGACAGAGCUGGCGGGAGUAUCUUUGGCCAUUGCAGUCAUUAAUGUUACGGGUAUAUCCAUUGGAACUGGUUUGGCAUCAGCAUGUGAUACUCUGAUAUCUCAGACGUAUGGGGGCGGUAACCUCCUGAGAGUUGGAGUCAUCCUGCAGCGGGCCAUCCUCAUCUUGUUACUGGCAUGUUUCCCCUGCUGGGCUAUCCUCAUCAACACAGAGCCCAUUCUGCUGGCUGUCAGGCAAGAACCAGAAGUAGCCAGGUUGUCUCAGACGUAUGUAAAGAUCUUUAUGCCGGCGCUUCCUGCUGCAGUCAUGUUUUCAUUAGAAUCAAGAUAUCUGCAAAACCAGGGCAUCAUAUGGCCAGAGGUAAUCACAGGAGUCGUGGUGAAUCUUCUUAACGCCCUCGUCAACUACAUUGUUCUCUUCCCCUUAAAAAUGGGAGUGGAAGGAUCUGCUAUUGCCAAUACCCUCUCCCAGUUCUCCAUGGCGGGGAUCCUCUAUGCUUAUAUCAUGUGGAAAGGACUUCACAAGGCCACCUGGGGAGGCUGGAGUAAGGAGUGCCUCCAGGACUGGGGCUCAUACAUCCGUUUGGCUAUCCCCGGCAUGGUUAUGAUGUGUGCUGAGUGGUGGACUUAUGAGAUUGGAGGUUUUCUGGCAGGUCUUAUAAGUGAAGUGGAACUUGGAGCUCAGUCAGUUGUGUAUGAGCUGGCAAGUGUUGCUUACAUGUUCCCUUUGGGUUUCAGUGUGGCGGGAAGCGUGAGGGUUGGAAACGCUCUGGGAGCUGGAGAAACGGAGCAGGCCAAGCUGUCUGCAAAGACCGCCAUGUUCUGUGCAGGGUUGGUGUCUGUAUGCUUGUCAGUUCUCAUCGGCAGCCUGAAGGACCACAUCUCGUAUAUCUUUACAUACGAUGAACUAAUCAGAGAAAGAGUUGCAGACAUCGUUUCUUUUUAUGCUCCAUUCCUGUUCCUAGAUGCCAUAAAUGCUGCCUGUGCUGGUAUCAUAAGAGGAGCAGGUAAACAGAACGUAGGAGCUAUCUGCAACAUUUUGGGAUAUUAUGGCGUUGGUUUUCCUGUUGGGGUGCCACUGAUGUUCGCAGCUAAAUUAGGAAUCAAAGGUCUGUGGGCAGGCUUGUUUUUGUGCGUAUCACUGCAAUGCACAUUCCUGGUUUUCUAUAUGAGCAGGUUGAACUGGAAGACGGUCACAACUGAGGCACUGACACGAGCGGGGGUGUGUGACAGCUCCACUGAUGCAGGUCUUCAACCAGAAGAUGCGGGAAACUCGCUGGAUCAAACAGAGGCCUUUAGUCAGGUGGAGGUUGAAGAGGUGCCUGCGUCCAAAACGGCAGGAGACGAGCUUCCCUACAGGACUUUGGUGCUGCGCAGAGGCCUGGCUCUGGCCGUCAUGCUGGUCAUCUUGGCUGCUGGAAUCAUUUCGAACCUGUUAAUCACUAACUUGGUUACAUGACUGGGAGCGAAGUCUACUGUACUUAGCAGGGAGAGCCCUUAGCCACCGGUGCUCAGCAUAACGCAGGUUCUUGUGCUGCAUGACGAGGUAGAAGCACAAGUGCAGAUGAGCAAGAGGCAAAGAGAAUCCAGAAAGGAAGAAGCCGUGUGAUGAACAAACAAGAUAUUCUCUGAAAGCAGCCGGCCACAGUCGAAGAGUUGAGUUACAUUGAGGAAGGUUUAACAGCUGUUUUGCUUGACAUAUUAAAAUAAAUCUUUCA